AUGGCAGAGCAGAGCAGCCACAAUGUGGUAAACGAACCCCAGUCGACGAGCGCCCCGCUCGUCGACGCUGCAUCGAGCCAAAUCGCCGCCGAACCCGCCACCGAUGGCGCUCAGCAAAUCCAACCCUCUAGCAACCUUGACACAGACAGCGCGACCGAUGUCUCCAAGAGCGCAAACGAGCUCGCAAAUUCCAACAACACUUCAACAGCACCUACAGAAUCAGUUGCGGUGAAGGAUGCGGCAGAGCCAAGUGCUGGCGAAGCUGCGCAUAAACCCGCACCAGACCUAGUGGAUGCGUCUGCGCAACGUGGAGAUGGGGAUCAGAGGGUAGGUGAAGAUGGAAGUCAGGGAGAUGACAGGAGCGCUGCAGACGUGGCAUCGGAUACGGAGAAGAAGGGCGAUCCGAACCAUGUCCGUUCAGAUUCCGUCAAGAAGCCAGCCACGUUCAGCAAAGUGUCGAUCACGAAGAACUUCCUGAACAAAGCUGCGCCAACCACGGCUGCGGCUCCUAGCAAGGUUGGAGAAAAGCCGAGUCCAGCAUCCGUCGCGACACUGAGUGCAAAGAUUGGUCCACGACUUGUUGCCAAAGCGGGUCCGUCUUUGGGAAAUCUACAAAAGGCUCGUCCUGGACCACAGAGCGUAGGAGGGCCAGACGCCAGCAAGGUUUGGAACAAGAACAGACCGGUUCCACAGGCGCCCCCAAAACAGUUCACAGACGAGGAGCUUAAACAACAAUACGGCAUUCACCUCGCGACACGCCUUCAGGCAGAUGAGGGGGGUAACGAUUCAAAAUGGGCCGACAUUGACGAUGAGGACGACUGGGCUCCGGAAGCUGUUGAGUGGAUGGACGGGACCAAGUCCACAGUCGCUCCUCARGAAGUUGCACCUCCUGAGCCGCAGAUCAUGCAGCGUCCAGUACAGCAACAACCUCAGGCACCGGCCCAGCGAACUGUGCUGCAUCUAGCACCACGAACCCAGCCUCAAGCCCAGGAGCCCGCUGCUGCUGCUGCUGCUGCUGCUGCUGCACCAACCCCAGAAACUCCUGCAGCACAGCCAGAAGCAUCGGCUCCCGCGCCUGUCAAUAUCGUCAAGCCAAUCCUCGCACCAAAGCGAUCGGACAGUCAAAGCAUGAAAAUUCUUAAGCCUGGAGCCGCCGCGAUCCAAGCCAAAUUGAAUGGUCCUACCGCCUCUGGAGCCGACAAGCCGUCGUUAAAAGCCAAGAAUACUGCACCUCCGCAGACUUCACCUUGGAAGCCGGUUCCGAAGCCGGACACCGUGUCUGCGAUCAAUCCACCCACGCAAGCAUCACAUGCUCCUGCACAGUUCGCACCGCUCGCCUCGCAAGACGCGCGUUCGUAUGAGCAGCCCCAGCAAGCACCUACCCGACAGAUCGCCGCGGACACGUUUGAUCGAUCUUGGAAAGAAGGCGAAGGUGGCGCGAGGGAGCUGUUCAACUCGGCGAAUGGGCGCUACGAGCCAGCGCCAGAAGGUCGUCGGAGCUCCGUCAAACAUGACGGUUUCCGCAAGCCGGCCGUGCUACAGCGACAGUCACAUGGAGGGCCUCCGCCUGCGGAGCCUUCUGCUGCCUUCCAAUCUCGUACUAGUGCUCAGAUGGAUGGUAGCUGGGGUAACAAGCGGCGAGGAUCGAGUGUGAGCCAGAGUAGCAAUUCCGCUGCUCGACGCAUGUCGAUGCAGCGAAGCCACGACCUCCCGGUCCCUGUUUCUGAGGGUGUCCCGCAGACGGUCGCGAAAAGCGAUCCCGCAAAGCCGACCUUUUCUCAACAAUCGGCAUGGGAGCAGCAAAUGCCCGCACGUCCGGCAGGAGAUGCCCAGCCUUCGCCUUCGUUUGCAGAAACUGCGCCUCCAGCAGACGCUGCGCCUUCCGCCGAGGAUGCAGUGAAGAUGCAGGCUCAGAUUAUGAAGGAGAAGCGUGAGCUUGCCCAGAAGCGUCGCAAGGAAGWGGAAGAGCGUGAGGCAGCCGCCAAACAAGAGCGUCUUGCAGCAAAACUGGCCGCUCUUGGUGGCGCAGGGAAAUCGAAGAAGGAGCGGGAGGCUGAGGCCGCAGCAGCAGCGGCAGCAGCGAAGAACACGCCCAAGGCUGCGGCGGAGCCAGCUCCUGCGCCCGUCGCACAGCCCAACCCGGCUAAACCCGUCGAACCUUCCACCAUUGUUGAAUCACUCGAGGCGAAGACUCUGCAACAUGAGCCCGCACAAUCCGAGAAACACACUCCACCGGCGCCACAUGCAAAGCAGCAGCAACAGCCCGUCGGACCACCUGACAGAUCGGAAGUCGAGCAGACGCAGAGACAGGCGCCCCGCAGCGGUCCUUUCCAGCAGGCCAACACCGCGACAUACAAAUCAGCUCCAUCAUCGUACUCGUCGCCCGGCGACCGCCCGCUGCAGACUUUCGGUCGCUCGCCAAACAACCUCGGUGGGGGUGAUAGCUUCACUCCGUGGCCUACCACUGCACCCAACAGCAACGUGUGGGGCACAUCUGGGAUAGGGAACGGGACCUUUCAAACCGCUGGCGCAUUCGCGCCUCUUCCCAUGAAUCAGCAAGGCGCCUCACUUCCGCYGCCUCCAGGCAUGAAUCGCACAACCCCGACGUCGGCGAGAAUCUCUCCACAGAGCUUUGAUGCGGAGGCGCGGUCACCGCACAUGCACCAACAGCAGUUGGGCGAGCAGCAACGUGCGUACCCACCGCCUGGGAUCGAUGCGCGACCGGAUGCAUUCGGUCAAGCACGACGCAAUGGAGAAACACAGGCCCAUGGCCUUGGCAACAGGCAGGCUCAUCCGCCAGGACCAAUUGGCCCACCUUCUCGCACACAGAGCCAGCAGCAUCGCCCGCAGUCCGCUGCAACUCGUGCGCCACCCGGCGCAAGUGGCGCAAGUGGCGCAUGGAGCGCGGUCUCGCAACAGCUCUCUGGCGAAUUCGCUCAAGAUGGAGCUGCCGCCGCGGCGAGAAGACGGGAGAUGGCGGAAGCCCCUUCGCAAACCGCAAACACCAGGUUCGAGGAGACUUUCAAGAAGACAAUCGUGAAUCAAGGCCCUCUGGGCGCUCCCCGCCGCUACGAGAAAGCCGCGCACACUCUUCAUGCUCCGACCGGCUCGCGACCUUUGACAUCGCUGCCCACAGAGAAGACCCCACCUCCGGCCGCUUUCGCUUCACAGGACAUUCGCAAUGAGCCCGCAGUUGAGAACACCGUCCGAAUUCCCAACUUCACUCAGAAUCCAGCGCACGGUGGGCAACAGCCUCCCAUCGGUCGACCGCACGGGUUGCCACACAUGCCGCCAGUCGCAAACAAUGGAAAUGUCAAUUACCGCAUGGCGCCACUCGCCCCAAUCAUCGCUUCCAAAGAGCAGUCUCCGCCGCCUCCAGAAGCUGAUGGCCAUCCAGUGAACCAAGGCGCAGACUCGACGCACCCGCACGUGAGGCUACCGCGUCCUCUUGCCAAAGUCCGUCUCCCGCCUGCUGAUCCUGCAGCUCAUCAGCAAUUGCCGAUGCAGAACGGAUCUGUGCUUAUGCCACAGCGGCCUUCAGCGCCUCCAGGAGCUGCGCGCCCACUUGUACAGUCCGACGUUUGGCAAUCACGGUUCAAUGGCCUCUUCGGCCGCGCGAGCAUUCAGACUGAGACUCCGCCGUCUCCACCAAAGACGCCGCCCAAGAUGUCGCUCGCUGUGGCCCCAGCCACUCGCACGAGCCUGGACGAUCAGGUCGCCAAUGCGACGGUCUCAUUGCCUCUUGUGCAAAAAGUGAAGAUUAGCGCCGACUCGAGCCUUGGCGCCGUCGUCUCGAAGCCAACCAUUGACGACAUGUUUUACGAGGAGCUGAGCUUCGGAUCGAUCCCAAAGGUCGCUAUCCCACGCAACACCUUCUAUGACAAUUCCGCGCCGCCAAAGAACAUGAAGAACAUGCUGAAGAUGGGAUCCAAUUCCAAGGUGCACAAGCAGGUGGAAUCGCAGACGAUAUACAGCAACGACCACAUCCUGUUCCCACCGAGCUCAACCGGCUGUUUCGCCAACGUCCCGCUCACGAGGCUGAACAAAAUGUGCCAUUACAUCGGAGGCGAGCGCAACGGAAAUGCGAAGAAGCUAUACGCAGCUCAUAACAAUCAAGACCGCAAGCCUUCCGGCCGGCAACACAAGAGCACACGAGGAGGCAGAGAUAAUAGUGAGCUGUGCUUCCAAGUUGCGCCGGUCAACCUGGGUGGGGCUCGCAAGCCUUCGGGUCCGGGGUCGAGGAAUUCGCAGCAGACCGCAGAUGGUGCGAACGAGGGCGGAAGUAAGAGAGGACACAACAAGGCAGCCCGCGGUGGUCGCAACCAAGGCCCCGCUGUAGUUGCAGCCGCACCUGUCGCGAUUCCGGCGAAGACGAGCUAG